CUCAAUUAUUCCAAUCGCUCAAGUGAACAGAAUCGAGGCGAAAAUCAAAAAGCCUCCCCGCUUCAUUAAAUUUGCCCAUACGCUGUUUCUAUGUAAAUUAUCAAAAUUGUUUAUUUUUUUGCUAAUAAAUUUCUGUGCGCUGCUCAGUACUUCCUCAGUUUGAAACAUGAAAUAUUUCCUACAUGAUCCAUAAAAUAACGAAAACUAAAAAAAAAAUAAGUGAAAACGAAAAGAAAAUUUUUAAAGUAUUAAAACCAACGGAAUAUGUUCAAAAUGUGAUAUUGUUCCGUUCAAAAAGUAACAUCAAAAAAUAUUUUCAGUUAUCCAUAUGAAACCAUCUCGACGAGGUCCAUAAAAAACAGAAAAGUAAACAAAUGAGGAGUAAAAACUAAUUAAAGAAUUUUAUGGGCCAAAAAGCUAAUAAUUGUGUACAAAAUAUGUUCGCAACGUGAUAAGUUCUUGUAAAAAAGAAUAAGAAGCAAAAUAAUCUACAAAAUUUCUAAAAAGUGUACCACAACAAAUGUUAUUCCAAAAUGGAGCUGAUUAAAAAAUACAAACAGGGAAAGCUAACCACCAACGAUAUACGCAAUCUGAACCACACCGUAAUAUGUCUGAUGGUCUUCAUAGCAAUAUUCUCCAUUCUGUGGAGUAUUUCACUGCAUAUGAUAUCGGGGGAUCUGUACGAGGGAAUAGUCAGUGCCAAACUUAUCUUCCGGGAUCGAAACUUCGAUCAAAUGAAUGAUCGCAGUAAGCAGAUUCUCCAUCGGGACUUUAUUGCUGCCACCCAGAAUGCCUAUGGCCAAAAGUACUCUGUGCAGGAUGUCACCCCAGAAUCACUGCAAAGCGAGAGCCAAACCACAAAGCAAACGUUUAAAAUACCGCAUAUUUAUGAUUCAAUCGAGAACCGACCCAAAUUGGAGCGUCUCAUAGCUGAAAAGAAGGAGGAAAAGGUCACGACCACGACGCCUCCCACACAAAAGAUAACCUUCAAUGCUGAGGCGGAUCGCCAGUUCUUGAGCACAAAGUCCAUCGAUAUUCAUGCCACUUAUUGGAAUCGCAGCAUUGGCGCUCAGUUUGUGUAUGCAUUUCCAGUUAUAUCAGAGAUUGUGGCCAUUAUCUGGACAGCCAUGUGUCUGAUCUUUCAGACCGGCAGCAAAAAGAGUUCAGUUUUGCCGAAACCCUGGCGCAUUGUGGUGCCCUCUAUCUUGAUCUUCUCGUUGAUGAGUCUGGGCAGCGUUAUAUACACCAUUUUGACCAAUGGUCAUCUCAAGCGGUUGUGUGGCGAACUGAGGAAGGAGCUCACCGAUCCCACUGCCAUCAGUUGUGGCGAUGCCAUCGCCCUGCUGCGUCCCGUCGUCCACGAUCACAAUGUGUCCCACGAUACCUAUCUGGAGCUCUUCCGCUGCAGCUACGUGAUCGGAAUGGUGCUGUGGAUCGUGGCUCUGCUGGUCAUGGUACUGCGAUUCGUGUUCGCCGUGGACUUCCAGCUGGUGGACAUCGAUGAGAUGUUCGAUAAUGGAAGGUUCGGGGCUCCCCAGGCUCAGAUUCAGCCAGUUUACACGGAGGUGGUGCAGCAGAGCAGUCCGCAGCACCAGCUGCAGAUGAGGCCCAGAUCGGAGGAUGACUAUCAGAGUGCCAGGUCGCGUUUGAGCGAUCUCGCAGUGCCACUUCUGGAGGUGCAGAGCCAGUCGCAGAUCCCGCCAACGAGCUUGGCCUAAUCCCACGGCCGGCCAGCUGAUCAGCAAUCUCAGGUUUAUUUUUAUACGAAGUGUUAGUGUUUAGCAAAUGAUGCCUAAGGAAUAUUAUCUUAACUAAACUGGAUUUUAGAAUAGGCUUAAGAGGGGAAGACCCCUCGAUAUUUAAUUGAUAUUUUUCACUGUCUUAGUUUAGCGAACUCGUGCCUCGAAAUCGAAUAUCCGAAUGUGGCUUAAUCAAGGGUUAACAAAAUCCUAUUAAAUAUUAGUGUUGAACGAUAUUAAUUGAA